CUUUUCAAAAAACGAACAAGAUCGGAUAAAGGUGUUUCCAUGGGCUGUAGGAGGCCUAUUUAGAGCCGAACUGUUUGAGAAAUCAGACUAAUUUGGUGCAUGGACAUGUACUGACUGUUCCUGUUAUGGUUUAAAACAUGGAUAACAGUACUUACAGUGUUAGUAAAAAUAUAACGGGCUAUUUUCUUCUCCAGAAACCGCGAAUCUCUGCAUCUCGCAGACUGUUUUUGAAGACCAAAAUGAUAAAGAAAGCUAUGGUGAUGCUUGAGAAUGACAAGCAAAUAAAAAAGGAUGAGCGAGAGAGAAUCCUGUCUGAGAGAGUGCCGGCGUUGGAGAUGUCUGGCAUGUCGGCGCAGGAUUUGCAGAAUCUUUGCAAAGAGCUGCACAAGAAGAUUGAUGUUGUUGAUGAGGAACGUUACGACAUUGGUUUAAAGGUGGCCAAAAGUGACACAGAGGUUAGGGAUCUGUCUCAGAAGAUCUAUGAGUUGAAGGGUAAGAUGAAGAGGCCAAACCUGAAGAGAGUGAGGGUGUCGGCAGAUGCCAUGCUGGGAGCGCUGCUGGGUGCCAAGGUCAAAGAGUCCGUGGACUUUAAGGCCAACCUCAAGACUGUGAAGAAAGAGGACGAGAAGAAAGAGGAAGUGACUGACUGGCGUAAGAACGUGGACGCCAUGUCGGGCAUGGAGGGCAGGAAGAAGCUGUUCAACGCCGGCCAGUAGACGUGUGGGCCUACGGUUUGCAGAUGGAGACAAUGAGUGGAGGAACUGCAGUUCACCUUAUGAAGAACAGAAAAAACUCAUGUAUACAACAUGCAUGGUAGUUUUAAAUAAGAUGCAUUAAUUACUAUGUACUGUAACCGCGCAACGUACAACUCAGCGGGGUAUCAAUUAAAUUGUAUUGUAUAAGUCACGUUUAGUAGUUUUUAGUAACCUAAAAAAUGUGACUAUACCAUGAAAAGUAAAAACAUUUGAGUCCCGCCUUAUGAUGGAAUGAUAAAAAAGGCUGAAUAUU